GGCGGGACGAUGGCAGCGGCAGCCGCUCGGCUCCUGUCGGCGACCGUGGCUCGCUCGGGGCGUGCGAGCUGGGGCGUGCCGGGCCGAGCCCCGGCCGUGCCGCUGGUGCCCUCUCGGGCAGCCACAGUCACCCGCAGCGGCGCCAUUUUGCCCAAGCCGGUUAAGACGCCCUUCGGCCUUCUCAGAGUGUUCAGCGUCGUGAUCCCUUUCCUGUAUGUUGGUACUCAGAUCAGUAAGAACUUUGCAGCCUUACUUGAAGAACAUGAUAUCUUUGUCCCAGAGGAUGACGAUGACGAUGAUUAAAGGCCCUGGAAGAGAAGAACAGAAGGGAGAAAGCCAUUGACAAAGCAAUGGUUCCAACAUCUGUCACCUGUGUUUUGUCCUUCCUAACAAGGACAGGGGACUUUGUAUCCCCUUUUGCCAGUGAGUGUCCUGCACGUCUCUGUAUGCUGGAAAUCUGUAGAUCAGGAUUGAAGGAAGUGCUUGAUAAGCCCUGUGUCCUUGCACACACAUGCUCACCUCAUCAAAGACUGCUUGGGAUGCCUUUAAUUAGCAACAUGGGAAACACUUAAUUAAAGAUGAAGAGAUUGACAUGUGCAACUUCAA